AGCAAAAGGCCAAACCCUUGCGAAGACCCAGCAAAAGGAAGAAGGAAAAAGAGCAAGAAGGUAAAUCAGCUGAUUGGAUAGGGAACAAGCUCUUCCCUUCUCCUCUGGGUCUGUGUGGAAAUGGGAGCCACUUCCCACCUGUCCCAAGCCAUGUCUGUUUUGCUGGAUGAAAUUGCAGGAAACCUGCCUGUUCAAGACAUGGAUCAGAAGCCUUCAGUACUAGCAGCCCUUCAAGGAUCAGACUUGUUAGCAAAGACUCGGCACCAGAUCAACCAAGCGAGCCGUGCGGAGUUGGCCGGCAGUUUUCUACGACUUUGCGACAAACAUUUGCUGCUCAAAGAGCUGACUCAAAAGCAGGGGAACAAGAUCAAAAGGAUGGGCACCAAACGAUCAAGACUGAGUCACGAGCAAGCACAACAGGAGACCCAGAACAGGAGACCCGGAAACGUCAUUCAGAAAUCUGUGCGGAAUCUGGACUUAGAGGAAGGCCUAGAAGACCUGCAGGAACGGGUUCGGGAGUUGGAACAUCUCAACCAGCGUUUGAGGAGUCACCUGUUCUUCUACAAGCAACAGCUACAGCUGCAGGGUUGUAGCCGUCAUUGUCCCUAUGGCCACAUCACAGCCAAAGUCAACACAGGCUUUCGUAGACCGCAUACCUCUCCUAGACCAGGGCCCAAGAAGUCACUGAAAGAGAUGCAGGUAUCAACCAUGACAGUCCAGCCAACGUCUCCCAGAUAUGCUGAUGAUGUUCCAGAAAGGUUCCAAGCAAAACCCGAAAGACUGUCCCACAGUCUGGUGCUGGCUGAGUUAGACAAGGAUCAUGAGUUGCUGAGUUUCACACCUGAUAAAGAAAUUGAUCUGGAAUACAUUCAACCUCAGAAAAGCUAUCUAAACUUGCAGGAAUACCGAGCUGCCAUCCAGAAGAACGUGGAGCUGAUUCGGCUGCAGAAGCUGUUAUGGGAGAAGAAUUCAGAACUGGUGAUCUCCAAAGCUCAGAUUACUGUCUUGCAUGAGAAACAAGAGGCAUUGAGGUGUGCCAGUGAAGCCUUGCUGGCUCAGCUGGAUGAUCUGAAUGCCAACCUCAAGCAGAAGACCCAGAAGGUGGCCGUGCUGGAAAGCCGACUGGAAAUCCUUUUACCCUUGGGGGGAACACUGAAAGAGUUCCAGGAAAGAAUCCAAGAUUUGGAAGCAGAGCGAGAUUCAUUAAAGAUGGAUUAUGACCGACUGUUGGACAGUUGCAUCAAUCUUGCUCCACAAAAUCCAGACCAGGUGCCCCAAAAGGACAAUGCUCCUUCUUUGGCAGAUCAGCUCAACUUAGCCAUGGUAGAGAAAGGAAUUCUAGAGGAGCAGCUAAAAAAGGAACAAGCUCAGAAUGAAGCGCUGAAACAGGAAGUCAACUCUUUUCAGGAGAGGCUGGCCAUCUUGGAAAACCAGGUGCCAGAGGAACCACCUCAAUCCAACGCAACUCAGAGUCUGUCAGCAGACGUUCCAGAAAGAGAUCAGGAAAAGAUUGAAAUCUUCAUCCAGGACAGCAUCAAGCGACAACUUCAUGAGGCUGAAGCUGCACAUGCAGAGACAGUGCUAGAACUGGAGAAGACACGCAACAUGGUCAUUUUGCAGCAUCGCAUUAAUCGGGAUUAUCAGGUGGAAUUAGAGAAGGUGCUGACGCAGUCCAGACAGGAGAAACAGGAGCAUGAGGAUCAGCAAAAGCAGAUGGACCAGCUUCUGGACCUGCGCAAUGCUCACAUUCAUCAGCUUAAAGAGAAGUUGAAGGAUGUGGCAUAUGGAACAAGAGUUGUCCGACUUCGACCACCUGACAGUGACGUUGAUGAUGAAGGAGUCCCUAGCAAGGUUCUGAAAUUACAACACGGGGAGAAACUCUUUGAGUUGCACAUCUCUGGAGCAAUUCUGUCAGCUGAGGCCGUCCAACUUCUGAGAGACUCCGAACCUCUCACCUUUUGCACCUAUGCCUUCUAUGACUUUGAGACCCACUGUACACCUCUGGCCCACGGCAUUCGGCCCCACUACAACUUCACUUCCCAAUAUGUGGUCCAGGUUGACUCCUUCUUCAUGCAGUACUUGCAAGGGGCCACUUCUCGCCUGGAUCUCCACGUGGCCUCUGCUGUUGACCACACCAUCCUGGCCUCCUGCUGGUUGCAUUUUGGCCAAGUGCUGGACAGCGCAGAGCAAGUUCAUUGCACUGCAGUCUUGCGUGGUCCCAAGGGUGAGGAUUAUGGUCUUUUGGAAUACGGGAUGAGACUUCACUUUCCAUUCAAGCAACGGCCCCGCCAUCAGAGUCAACCGUAUCUCUCUGAUGGAGCAGGAACUCAGAUUGUAGCCCGGCCGAGCUGGCAACCACAAGGCGCCAGAAAGACCGAAGGCGUAAGCUGGAACGAGCUGUGCAUCCAGAUCAAGAGCUGUGCCAAUUUGAGAAGCCGUUGGAUUGGCUCCCAGACCAGCCCAUAUGUCGUGUACCAGUUCUUCACUUUCCCGGAUCACGACACACCCAUCAUCCCGUCCAGCAACAACCCUGACUUUGAAGAUGUGAAGAUGUUUACUCUGCAGAUCACUCCUGAGCUGCACCAUUAUUUGCUUGUGGAGAGUUUGUGGGUCUAUGUUUUUGACGAUGAGCAAGGGGAACCUGGAAGUUAUUUGGGCAAAGCCCAGAUCCCACUAGUAUCAUUAGCGCAUGGGCAUAGCAUCAAAGGAGACUUUGACCUCAUGGACCCUGCAGGGAAGCCCAAUGGCUCCAUCCACCUCAGCCUAGAAUGGAAGGUCCUUUAUUUUGCUCCUGAAGAUGUUAGCUAUCAGGCCAUCCAGGCACGUUCCUUGAAGAUGCAGAUUGCGUAUGAGCAAAACCUGUUGCAAAGACAGGUGACUGAAAAACACCUUCGGAAAAGCAGAAAGGUCAAAAAUGAGCUGGAGCUUCUUUCGGCCCAAGUGAUUCCAACACGAGAACUCAAGAGAAGAAGGACAAAGGAGAAAGUGGGCAAAACUCUCCCCAAGAUGGAGCUGGAACAGAGGACAGAGGAGGAAGAAGCAGCACUGAAUGUCGAAGAGACAAGGAUGGCAAAAACCCAAGAACUGGAGGAUGAAUCGAUUCUAGAGUCUGUACCGAAGGACACUGAUGGAGAAGAGCAAGAGACGAGUGAAGCUCAGACCACAGAAAGUGACGAAGUGGUGGUGGGGUUACCCACACUGCUGGGGUACCCUGAUCUGCAACCUUCACACUGGAUCCGUGUGGAGGUCAUUUCCCUUGGCCUUUUACCGGACAGCUGGCCUGUGGCCGAUGAGACCAUCCAGCAACUGUAUGUCGAAUUCCACUUCCCUGGAUUGCCUCUGGAGGAAACCGAGACAGCUUUCUCUUUGCGGAAACCUACCAGCGACCAGGAGAUCUAUUUCCACUUCAGCAAGGACUCAGGAGAGGAUCGGCUGCUGACCGGCAGUGGUGCCGAACUCUGAUGAGGAACAGCUGCCUACUCCACUCGAUCCAAGGACAAGGACAGCGGAGUGGAGGCAAGCUCAGAGAAGGGCUGCAAGGAUACUGGGGAGGAGGUCACCCCAUUCCCUCCACACAAGGAACACCUGGAGGGGAGUAACUUAAGGAGAAGCCAUGGGGUGUUAGCCUUUGCCAGGAACAAUUGCUUGCUUUGGCUUACAUCCCCCCGGCUUUUACUCAUGCCUGUGGCUGUUUGCCUUGCCUCACUUGGAAGAUGGUUGUUCGCAUCUUGUUUUGGGCCUGUGAUGGGAGGUCCUCCGAUUCAUAGUCGUCCCGUCCAUGACCGAGACAGCGAUUUUGGGCUUGGCUUGGCUGGACAAGUGAGGUCCUACAAUAUGGUGGGAAGGGGGAUAUCGGAGGUUGCGUAUCAGAGUGGGACCCCAGGCUCAUAACCAGGGUCCUGGGGAAAAGGGGGUGGAGUGAAAGGAAAACAAGGCAGAGGUGAGGGAAACCAGGGAGGAGGCCCCCUUCCCGGCAGUGUACAGUGAUUUGGCCGAGGUCUUCAGUGAGCAGGAGUGCAACAUUCUGCCGCCCCACUGAUUGCGCGGUUGAUAUUGUACCGGGGGCAAAAUUGCCCAAGCCCCGGAUGUAUGCCAUGACGCCCAGGGAGUUGGAGGAACUAUGUCUUUUUCUUCGCAUUAAAGUUUGCUAGUCACCUGUUCCUUUUGUGUCUGGAGUUUGUCGGCACCAUCUGACACUCGCCCUUCUCUGGUGGCCUAUGUUGGGCCUUUGCUUCACUGGGGCUUUGGAACGGCUUCUUUUCUGGGACCUGUUUUUUUUUUUCUGGAGGACUGCCCUUGGCUUGUGUCUGGACCCUGCCUUGUGGAUUGGACUUAG